ACCGGCGUCUGCUACAAGUGCGUCGUGUGCGUCGAUUACAUGAUCUGCUCCACGUGCGAGGCGGACGGCAUCGUCCACACCGGCCACAACAUGCUCCGGAUCGCGGCUUCCCUGAAGAAUUUGAUCCACUCCGUGUCAGGAGACGUUCACGGAGGCAUCAAGUGUAACGCCUGCGGCGGCCCGGUGCGAGGAAGUCGCUACAAAUGCCUCCAAUGCGACGACUUCGACCUCUGCUCCUCGUGCGAGGCCAAAGGGACCGAGCACUCGCAUCACCUCCUCGUCAGACUUCCAUCUCGCAUACCCGCCGUCCGUCUUUCGCCUGACCUCGACGGCCUCAUCACGGAUGAAACCGUCCUCCUUGCGAUGCAUUCCAUCGAAACGCUCAGCCUUCGAGCCUGGAUUCCCGUCGGGACCCACGAGGUCCAGAUUCCAAUCGCAUCUACUGGCAAGGGCGUGGGAACCACGGGGCUGAGGAUCCCCUGUUUUUUUUCCCGGUUUUGA